ACCGUCCCCUCAACAUUUCCAACAGUUUCGUCUCCUUAAACCCUAACCCCUCCUCCCCUCUUGUUCCUCCUCUCCCUCUCGAGACAUUCCCAGAAAGCUUCAGCUUUUUGCGUGUUUAGGGAAGAUGAAUUUCAACAACGUUAAAGUUCCGAAUGUGCCUGGUGGAGGAGCCGUCUCUGCGCUUCUAAAGGUCGGAGUUAUCGGUGGACUCGGCCUUUACGCAGUGACCCACAGUCUCUACAAUGUCGACGGAGGACACAGAGCCGUCAUGUUCAAUCGUAUAGUUGGUAUCAAAGACAAGGUCUAUCCCGAGGGUACCCACCUUAUGCUUCCGUGGUUCGAAAGACCCAUCAUCUAUGAUGUUCGUGCACGACCCUACCUCGUUGAGAGCACAUCCGGAAGCCGUGAUCUUCAGAUGGUGAAAAUUGGACUUCGAGUUCUCACGCGUCCCAUGGCUGACCAGUUGCCCCAAAUCUACAGAACCCUCGGUGAAAAUUACAGUGAGAGAGUUCUGCCUUCUAUAAUAAACGAGACUUUGAAGGCUGUGGUUGCGCAGUACAAUGCGAGCCAGCUUAUAACUCAAAGAGAGAAUGUGAGUAGGGAAAUUCGAAAGAUUCUGACAGAAAGAGCGGCAAACUUCAACAUUGCGCUGGAUGAUGUGUCAAUCACGAGCUUGACGUUCGGGAAGGAGUUCACAGCUGCGAUUGAAGCAAAGCAGGUGGCUGCUCAAGAGGCCGAGCGUGCUAAGUUCAUCGUGGAAAAGGCUGAACAGGACAAGAAAAGUGCUGUUAUCCGUGCUCAGGGAGAAGCCAAGAGUGCUCAGCUCAUCGGCCAAGCAAUAGCCAACAACCCGGCAUUCAUCACACUGAGGAAGAUCGAAGCGGCGAGAGAAAUUGCGCAGACAAUAGCAAGCUCGGCCAACAAGGUCUACUUAAGCUCGGACGACCUCUUGCUGAACCUCCAGGAGAUGAACCUUGAGCCCAAUACUAAGAAGUAGUUGCGGACGCUGCUUUUGCCGGUGUUUCUCAGAUUCUCGGAUCGGAUCCCUGGACAGUGCGACAAUAAAAUUGUUUAAAUUGAUCCUUCAUGCACCCCUUUGGCUUUCAGCACAAAAGAUGUUCAAAUUUAUGGCUUUUUCUGGAAUUUCGGUCCCUGUUUUCAGGUCUUUUUGUUUGAAUGGAGAACAUUCAUAUUCUGUGGAGCA